UGUAAAGAGAGGGAAGUGGACAAAUCAGUGCUGCCUUCAUUACCAGCAAUGACAAAAGAGAUGAUAGAGAAACAGAGGCUCUGUCCUCGUGAACCAGAGGACGCUGACUGCUACUCAGAGUCUGUGAAAUUUGACGCACGUUCCAUGACAGCAUCCCUUCCUCACAACACUAAAAAUGGCUCCUCCGUUCAGGAGAAACUGAAGUCCUUCAAAGUUGCCCUCGUUGCUCUCUACCUCCUUGUGUUUGCAGUACUAAUACCUGUUGUUGGAAUAGUAACAGCUCAGCUUGUGAAUUGGGAAAUGAAGAACUGCUUAGUGGGUUCAGCUAACACAAGUGAUACAUUGCAAACUCUGACUGGAAAAGAAAACACCAGUAAAGCAGAAAUGAGGUUUACAAUUGCCAUGGAACGCAUGAAGGACUUGGAGGAGAGAAUCCAAAGCAUUUCAGACUCAAAGGCUGGCCUUCUAGACACAGACCGCUUCCAGAACUUCAGCAUGGCAACCGACCAAAGACUUAAUGAUUUUCUUCUGCAGUUAAAUUCCUUGAUUUCAUCAGUCCAGGAACAUGGGGAGUCCCUGGAUGCAAUUUCCAAGUCCUUGCAGAGUCUGAAUACGACACUGCUUGAUGUCCAGGUCCAUACAGAAACACUGAAUGUCAAAGUCCGCGAAUCUGCAGCAAAGCAACAGGAGGACAUCAGUAAGUUGGAGGAACGUGUGCACAAAGUAUCAGCAGAAAUCCAGUCUGUGAAAGAAGAACAAGAGCAUGUGGAACAGGAAGUAAAACAGGAAGUGAAAGUAUUGAACAACAUCACCAACGACCUCAGACUGAAGGACUGGGAACACUCCCAGACGCUGAAAAAUAUCACCUUAAUUCAAGGGCCUCCUGGACCCCCAGGUGAAAAGGGAGACAGGGGACUUACUGGAGAAAGUGGUCCACCUGGUGUUCCAGGUGCAAGAGGUCCUCCAGGUCCUAAAGGUGAUCAGGGACCAGUUGGCUUCCCUGGUGGGCGAGGAUACCCAGGAGCACCAGGAAAGGCAGGGAGGUCAGGAUUUCCUGGAACUAAAGGACAAAAGGGAGAAAAGGGGCGUGCAGGAAUAUCAAUAUAACUCCCUGGUCAUAUUGGGGCAAGACCCUUUAAGAUCAGCUGGGCUGGGCAGAGCACUCUACUAUCAUCUGCUUAAAGACCUUUCACCUCUGGACAAGUCAUCCGCACAAGUGUCUUCUGGGAUCCUUUUGCAACUCCUCCAAAUGACAUUGGUUCCUGUGUCAUGUCAUGCCUGACUUCUCCAUGACUUCCUCUUCUGACCCUGGGUGCUGUUUGGGCCUCCAAUGCCAUAAGUACAUCAUUGUGCACUCUGCUACCUUGCCCCCAUCCCCUGUCACCCUUUACCUAGAUGCUCCACAUGUUGACUAGAGGAAUGUUCCUGCCUCCUUCAGACCUUCUGCUGUUCCCCUCACCUAAUUGUGCAGAAUCCCAUUGGAUUCUAGGGAAAUCUUAACUGAAUAAUUGAUUGAUUGAAUAUUGGUUCUUGAAAUGUAGGAUGUUUUCCUCAAAUACAAAUAGGGAUGGGAAUAGAGGUCUGUCCAUCCAUUCAUUCACUAAUUCAUUUAGCAUCAGUUCAUUGGGUACCAAUUGGAGCCCAACUUAACAGCUAUAAAUAUGUUUUUCCUAACUUUAUAAAACUAAUUACCCUUAGAAGAUACAAAU